AUGGCGGAAAAAUUCACAAAUGAACUUAAAAGCUUGGUUCUUGUGGGGAAACAGGGUUCAGUGGCGAAAUUGGACUGCGAGAGCGAAUUCUCAGAUGGAUGCGAAUCACAUUCUGAGGAAAAUCAAUGGCUCUCCAAAAUCGUGACUGAACUGGUGUACUUAUUGACUAUCAAUAGUAAAUAUGUUCAGCAUCUGGUGGGCAAUGUUCUCGUUGUCGUUUCAGAGUUUGUGGCUGCAUAUGGAAGCAAGUGGGAUGCGUUUAUUCAUUUCUUGUGUGCUAGUCUGGAAUUGGCCAUCAACACUUUGCUUUCGGGUUCUUUAACGCCUUCAUUGCAUGAAGCUGAUGAUUCUAAUAGCAGUUCUUCAAGUUUCGCACUUGCAUUGAAAGAUAAGCUGAAAAAUGCUAACUGGUCUGCAGUGGCUGGCAUAGUUCGAGUUUUACGCCACAUAUUGAAAGAUCUGGCACGGGAGGAUGAUGUCCAGUUUAUUAUCAUCUACUUUGAUGCGGUCACUUCGUGCCUUUUAAACGUGCCUUGGGAUUCAUUUACAGAACUUUUUGUUGCUCCGGAUGGUGAAGCUCAAAAAACCUCUACUGCAGACAAUUUAGUUCGACGAUUCUUAUUUUUGGGGUGUUUUAUUCAGUUUCUGUGUUCCUUGGUGGAGCAAAGCGGUGCUGUGGAAGCUUCAGGUGGUUCUAAAGAUAAGCAUUCAGUUGUCUCUUUAGCAAUUGUCCUUGUACCGAAACUUUUGAGUUGGUGUUCUGGCAAGUGGGGAGAUACUGUUAACAAGUGCAUCUUUCAAUACUUGAGAUACAAGAUAUUGGUGCUGAUGAUCAGGCUUAGUUUCCAAACUUCUUUGGAUUGCUCAGUUCUUGUUUCAUGGUUGCAACUUAUACAUAAUUACUUUAGUCAGCUUUUGCGACAACCCAUUACUUCACUUGAGUUGGUUCAAAAUGACAGUCUUGAAGGCUCUCCAUUCCUAUCGAGUAUUUCUGACGAAGAAGUGAAUAAUCUAUCCUCCCUCCAUGUAAAAAGACGAGCUAUUUUCCUUUUACUAAGGUGUUCCUUUAGUCUGAUCAACUUGAGAGGCAGCACAGAUGAGAAAUGUACUUGUGGAACUAAAAUUUUAUGCUUGCGCUGCAACACAAAUGUGGAGUUGAAGUAUUGUGGAAGACAGAAAGGCUUGAUAGAGCUUUCUAACUGGCUUCAAUCGCAUCUUCCAACUAAAAUUUUUCUGAACUCCGAAAUGUACUUGCAAAAGAGGGUGGAUUUUACCUUGUCCUUCCUCAAACUAUACAUGCAUGAGGAUGAUUUAUUAUUUAAAGUGCUUUUACAACUGCUCUGUGUACCCUUUCCCGCAGAGGAACAGUUUCAGAAGGAAAAGGCGGCUUUACAGGAUGCAGAACAAGAUAUGCUCUUUCAUGUUUCAAACCUUUUUAAUCCUGUGCACCUAUUCCAUCUCUUUCUUGCAGAGUUACACUAUGAUCAUCAAGUGCUUCUGGAUUAUCUUAUUUCAAAGGAUACGGGAACAAGUUGUGCAGAAUAUCUUUUGAGGUGCUUGCGUGCAGUUUGUGAUUCAUGGUGCUUAUUUGUAGAAUUCUCAAUGGGUGGACAGUGGGUAAAUCAAUCAUCUCACAAGAAAAGGAAAAAGUUAUGUGACUCAACCUCUCAAGCAGAGGAACAUUCUGUGCCGGUGAAAAAGGACGAAAUUCUUGCAUCAAUUGGGGAGGAAUGUAAGAAAGGGUAUAAAAAGGGCGGCGAGCAAUAUCGACCUAGAAGAAAGCCAUACAUAGAAGCCAAAGAGUGUUUGCUAGCACUUAAAGUUUCUGUUGAAAGUCUUCACCAAAAGAAUCUGUUUCCAUACAAUCCAAAUGUGCUUUUGAAAAGACUAAGGAGAUUUCAGGAGCUCUGGGUUAAAGCAGAACAAAAUCACCUCUGAAAGAUUAAACGAGACUAAUUUAAAGUACAG